CCCGCUCCCUGCAAGAGGCAGAACAGCGGCAGCGUUAGGUAGUAGCCCUCCAUCCCAGAUCCCGCCCCCCCCCCCCCUCAUACUUGACCGGCAAUUGGCUAGUUAAUUCAAUAACAACUGUGUGUAAGUACAAAUGGUGUUUAAUGAUGAAGGUAGUUUAUACAGCAACGAACAAGGGAAAUGCAAUGCUUACAAGCACAGACUUUGAUUCUGUAAGGGUAUGCCUCAGUUGAUGGAUCCCCUGGAGGAUCAGAGCAUAAUUUAAGGUAGAGUAGGCAACUUAUUUGGGCUGGAGUAAGCUCCAGAGUUUUAUUCACAUGAAUUUAAUAUGCACACGUCAAUGCACCCACUAUAUAGCAGAGUAUAUUAUCCACAAAACACACUCAAUCUACCUUUUUAUAAUAAAAAUAAUCAUUUUCUGGAGUUUGGUAUUUGCAGCUAGCUGUGGUUAGAGGCUUUUAGCACCACUUUACCCCACCAAUGUCUUGGAACUGAUUCCAAGAGAGCUUUAUUGUUACUCCUUACUUGAAGAUCUUAUAGCUGUACAGUGUUUCAAACAAAAUGUUGUAAUAGCAGUCUACUGGUAGCAUUGGAUUGGUCUUCCCACUGCAUCAUUCAUGCUUGAGACUAAUAUUUAUGCAGACUGUUAAGAGGUUGCACUGGAGUUUAAUUCCUAGAUAACACCCUAGGCAAUGUUAUCCCUCUGCUGUUGUGUGUUAGAUAUUGUCAGCAAAGACUAAAAGACAGGCAUGGACAUGCUUCUGGGUACUGAGGCUCAGCUCCUAGAUUGUGUCCAGGAAAAUUAAUCCUAGUCUGUUGUCCUUUGCAGCAGGCUCUCUGGAUAAAAAAAAUUGCUGAGUGAAAUGAAUUUGAAAUAUUUGGUUUCUCACCCCAAGAGACCCCCACACAUCAGGCACUGACUGAAAAGGAACAGUGAUAUGCACAGAAACACACUUACUUUUUUCAGUCAGCUCAUGAAUUCCUGAUCCAUUUCUUCUGGCAAAAGAAGGAAGAAUCAUGAAAGCAGAAAUAGGAAAUUGUGAGGUUACCUCAAAAUUUCACAGAAGGAAUGGGUGGGGGAUAGAUUACGGAGCUGGACAGUGACCCAGGAUAGAAAAGGGAAAUAGUGUGGGAACUAUAAGAGAGAAGACCAGAAUAUGAACCAGUUACUGAUUGACUGGAUUAAUUCAACCCUGAAACAGGAGCACAUAAUAAUAAAAAGCCUGGAGGAAGAUCUAUUUGAUGGCCUGAUACUUCAUCAUCUUUUGGAAAAGCUAGGAUCUCUCAACCUAGACGUUGAGAAGAUUGCACUGACAGAAAACAAGCAGAGACAGAAACUUACUGUGAUUCUAGAAGCUGUGACCAAGUGUUUGCAGCUAGAGGAGAGCCAGCUGAAAUGGAGUACUGAUUCUAUUUUGAAGAAGGACUUAGUGAGCACAUUGCAUCUUCUGAUUGCCAUAGCAAAGCACUUUCAGCCUGAUCUGGCUAUCCCUCCAAAUAUUCAUGUGGAAGUAGUAACAAUUGAGCGUACAGCGAAAGGCCUAAAGACGGAAAAUGCUGUGGAAUAUAUCACAGAUUGCAAGGAGACUUUAGAAGAUCAGUCAAAUACUGAUGCUUUUGAUGAAUUAUUCACCCAUGCUCCUGACAAAUUGGAAGCUGUAAAGGAGGUAUUUUUGCAAUUUGUCAACAAGCAUAUUGGAAAAUUAGGAUUAAAUGUGAAAGAUUUUGAAAAUCAGUUUGCAGAUGGUGUCAUCUUACUCUUGUUAAUUGGACAACUUCAAGGUUUUUUCUUGAAUUUAAGGGAUUUCUUCCUAAACCCAAGUUCUGAAACAGAAAAGCUUCACAAUGUUAACCUUGUCGUGGACUUGCUGACAGAUGAAGGAGUUCUAAAUGUUCCUCUCAACCCUGAAGAUAUCAUGCACAGAGAUGUGAAGACUAUACUGAAGAUUUUAUAUUGCUUGUAUUCCAAAUACAAGACCAGAAAAAGUGAAGACUGAAAGCAAGACAUAGAUUUUCAUCCUAGUGCAUUAUAGGAUCAUUUUUUUCGUUUCCAGUUGUGUUUGCCACUUUGCACGUAUAUCCACCUGUGCCUGAUUUGCCUGCAAACAUGUGUUAAUGAAACAUGUAUGAGUGGAAAGUUGCACUUAUAUAACUUGGGCUGCCAGCAAUAGAAAUAGGCUUGGUAGAUUUUGAUUUUGAUUUUUUAAAAAUAAUUUUGAAAUAAAUGCUU